CUAACACGUCACAUUUCAAGCUUUUCCUGUCAGGUUUAUUUUACAUUUUUAAAAUCUUAAUCUACCAUAGGACUGAAUUGAGAGAUUUUUAAAAUAUGCUUUCAUAUUGUCCAAGUUGUGGGAAGCCUGUCUAUUUUGGGGAGAAAAAGCGAUCCUUAGGCAAAGAUUACCACCCACUUUGUCUGAAAUGCUACCGGUGCAAGCGUCAGUUAAGUCCUGGCCAGCAUGCAGACCACGAUGAGAAACCAUACUGCAGCCACUGCUACCUACAGUAUUUUGGACCAAGAGGACCAAGGCGGCCAGCAUCUCGAACGACUUCUGGAGCAGCCGGAUCCAAUGUUUCAGUUGAGAACCCCAGCACUUAGCUUCAUCCUGUUAUAAGAACGACUUGCAGCUUUAACUCUUGAGAAAAUCAAACAGCAACGUACAGAAAAGUAACAGCUUGUAGAAACAAUUUUAUCUUUAGAAAUUAAUUAGUUGCUGUGCUCCAUUGUUGUGUAAAUGAGAAAAUGUUUUAAAGUGACUUGAUGUCAAACCAUCCAUGGUAAUAUAGCUUUGUACAUGAAACCAAUCUGUUUGCUUCAGAACGUCUGACAGUAAUUUUGUGGUCCUGUUUGUACUUUUAGUGAAAUCAAGUCUUCAAAGGACAAUACAGAAAUCUAUGAUUCUUCAUAAAGCAGCUCAUUGUUAUUCUUUUUUCCAAUUUGAUUGAUUGGAGACAAGCUGCUGUGAAACAGACCUGUCUCUACAGACUGGUUAGUGUUCCAUCCAUUUGUGCACUGAAUCAAUUGCAGUAACUAAUGUAUGGACUGGUAUUUGCACCUAUACAUGAGUAACGUGUGCAAUAGAAUGUCAUUGUGUUUCUAAGAAUGUUAUAUCCUUCUGUAAUAAAAAAAUAUU